CGCGUCUUCACUCAGAAAGAUCAAACCACCAUGUAAAGUGGAAAAAUCCGUCUUCUGGUUUGGCCAUAUUGAAAAAAAAUCCCCCAUUUUGUCCAACAACAAAGCAAUGAUAGGAACUUCCAUCUUCGACUACGUUUUCAUUCGGUCCUGCAUAUUUUUCCUGCACUGGAUCGCUCCCCUUAGUGUUUUCUGCUGUUUAAUAUCUCUCGUCUACACUCCCCCGUUCCAUGUCCCUCUGAGCUUGCAGGUUGCGGCCGCCCUCGAGACAGCGUUUUACUUUCUCGUGUACCACCCUCGCAAGAUCUACCUGCAGAGAUCCGCGACACAUCCAACGACUAUCAGCCGCGAUGAGCGCCGUGCGCUCUUCCAGCGUUGUCUCGAGAAUACUCCGGACCCGGAGCGUUUCCUCACUAAAUGGUUCGUGGAUGCCCCUGCAUCGGAGAUCAAACGGGAGAACCUCAAAGAUUUCUUUCGUUGGGCCUAUUUGAAUACUGGGGAGCCUGACAUUGAAGAAAAUGAAGAGCUGGAGGAGUAUGUUAGAAGAAUGGAGGAACUAUUAGGGAGGAAAUUGGAACCUGGGAGGGGGAAGGCAGAGUGCUUCAGGCUUACUCUUAACAAGGUUGAUAUGUUACAUCGGAGUUUAACAUGGUACUUGGUAAGCUCUUGCGGGAAGAAUUGUGCGUGUGUGUUCGUCGUCGACACCCUGGCAUCUGCAUACAUGCUCUACCAUUCCUUCAACUUCUACCCUACUUCUCUCCAUCGGUUUCUCUCUGUUUUCCCAUUCCGGCCCCUUGGACUUCUCAGCUCUCACCGCUCUCCUGCGAAAACAAUUGCCUACUGGCACCGUCCACACACCUCCAAAACCAGACUUCCCGUCCUGUUCAUACAUGGUAUCGGCAUUGGACUUUAUCCAUACGUAAAUCUAUUAGCCGAACUGAAUUCAGAAGAUGACACAGAUGGAGACUUGGGCAUCAUCGCCGUGGAAAUCAUGUCAGUGAGCUUUAGGAUCACGGAUGAAGCGCUGAAGAAGGAAGAGAUGUGCCAGGAGAUCGAUUGCAUAUUAAAGGCGCAUGGGUGGGAAAAGUUUGUGCUGGUGUCGCAUUCCUAUGGAAGUGUAAUCGCUACUCAUCUCCUGAACACGCCAAAAAUCGCGCAGAGGAUAGAUUCACUCGUAUUUAUUGACCCGGUGACUUUCUUACUACAUCUCCCAGAUGUAGCAUACAACUUUACGUGCCGUAAACCAAACCGCGCCAAUGAGUACCAGCUGCAUUACUUCGCAUCCAAAGAUAUGGGCGUCUCGCACACCCUCUUUCGGCGCUUCUUCUGGAGUGAGAAUAUAUUGUGGAAGGAAGAUAUUCAAAAUCAUCGUGUGACUGUGGUGUUGGGGGGCAAGGAUCUGAUCGUGAACACCGAAGCUGUGAGAGCGUAUCUUGCCAGCAACGGGAGUGCGAGCCCCGAAAAAGGAACCUGGAAAGAGGGGCAUUGGAAAGGAGACAAAUUAGACGUGUUGUGGUUUUCUGAGUUGGAUCAUGCCCAGGUUUUUGAUAAGAGGAGCACGAGGGCGACGUUAGUGGAUAUUGUUAGGGCUUAUUGUGAUACUGAAUAGCUAGUGAUGGCUACCAAGGGUAUGGUUAUAGAUUGUAAUAUUAGAUAGGCUAGGAUGCCUGAUGGAUUAAUGCCUCUUCAAGUAUAUUUAGGUAGCUGCAGCACUUCGCUUAGGCGCCUCACCAC